AUGGACGAAAACGACAAGUCCUUGCUCGCAGCGUCCCGUAAGGACGAGCUCGACACUCUCUUCGCCAGUCUCUCCCCCUUUGACAUCCUGUACCUCAGAAAGAAGAUCUCUGAGACUACAAUCGUUCUUGCGGGUCUGGAGAAGCUUCCCCCGGAAAUGGUUUGUGAGAUAUUGAAGUAUCUCGACUUCGACGACUACCGUGCUUGCCUUGCUGUGAGUAAGAGUUGGAAAGCCAAGUUUGGCCAGAAGGAAACUAUGACUCAAGCGCUUCAUAACUUCUUCCCUGGCCUCGUGGCCAUGAACUCCAAAGACCACCCACAGAAGCUUUACUCUCUUGAGCUCAACAAGCACCUCAAGUGGAUGCGUCCCCACGACAGUCGAACGUGGACUCCGUGGGAUUUGUCCACAAGCCAUUUUUUCUCCCGACAAAGUGCAGCAGCUCAUUCCACGGAUGUCCCAUGGUCCUUCCUGUACAACAAGGGAAGGCUGGUUUGGCAGUUGUCGACGCGGAUCGUCAUCGUUGACGAUAUACGCAACGCGAACCGGGAGAGAUUCAGCCCUCUUGCUAGUGCCAUGAGAGGCGGGCGGUUCCAGGCCGCUGCUGUGAGCGACCAGUUUCUCAUCCUCCUCGACUUGGAGGCAAGUCUGAACAAAAUCCAUGUCGCCAAGAUGGACACCAGAGAUUGGGUUGAGCUUACUCUUCCCGCUGGUCUUGACCACGCCUACGUAGACUUGAGGACGAUGUUCUUCGUCACCACAAAUGGCCAAAUAUUUGACUAUAAAUGGCGCGAUAUUCUCCGAGAAGUAGACCUGUCCGGAAUCGGACAUGGCUCUGGAUCCAAACCAGCAUGUUAUGGCGUCGCACAAAUUUUGCCACAUCCUCAGCACGAUGAUGUUUUCUUCGCUGUAUGGGCGCUCUCGCACCCUGCUCGUGACCCGAACCUCUCAACCCUCAAAGUCGUGAAGUUCAAGGAUGGACAGAUUGUCGCCACCAAGACCAAGUCAAUCCGCAACCCGCUGAGAAAUCCCCAGCCGGGUUGCAAAGAAGUGACCCGAGUGGCUAUUAAUUUCUCCAGUCGUAAGUCAGACGACCAUGGAACUUACACCCUGGCUACCUACCGCUUCCAGGGCAUCGAGAAGAGGAAGCUCGAGCUCUGCAACUGCUGCAACCCCAAGACCUUGAAGGGAGAUUGGAACGUCAUAACCUUCAACGUCUUCACAGAGUCUUUCGCCAACUACGAGUUCCUAUCGGCAGACCAGGACCUACGGUGGAAUGGUCCUAGGGCGAUGCAACACCACCGCAAUGUGAAGCGACUUGCAGAUGCUCACUUUUGGAAGGGGGACUUGGUCCUCGCGUCGUCGAUUACAUACGAUGACUUGGGCCCUCACAGCCAUGCUGAGUACUAUACGGAGACCCAUCUGGAGACCCUGCGCCCCCUUGACAAGCCAGUAGCCCCGGUGCCCCAAUGGAGACCCAUGAGACACGCAGACCCUGGCCAAGUACUACGAACAAAGGUGUUUCAAGAUGACGACUUUGUCAUUGUGCCGAGCCUAGGUGGAGUGGCGAUCUACAAGCCGGAGAAACAGGCGCUGAACGCAGGGACGCUCUUCGACCACACUCUUCCAUCACAGGAUCUGGUUCGGGAGAGUCUCCCGUUGAAGUUCCAGUUUUGGCAGAAUGCCCGAUUCAUUGAGCUGAAGCAUGAGGUUGAUCCGGAGGAGGAGGACGACGACGAAGGGGGCGACAACGGGAACUGA